AUGGCAAACCCUAAUAAUAUGAGUGCUGUUUACGCAACUGAUGAAUAUGGACGCCCUUUUAUCAUAGUAAGAGAACAACAGAAAAAGAAUCGUCUUAGUGGAAUCGAUGCCAUAAAGUCUCACAUCUUAGCGGCAAAGACUGUAGCAAACAUUAUUAAAACCUCUCUGGGGCCUAGAGGCCUUGACAAAAUCCUGAUCUCCCCGGAUGGCGAUAUCACUGUAACAAACGAUGGUGCAACAAUUUUGACACAAAUGGAGGUGGAGCAUCAAAUUGCAAAAUUAUUAGUUCAACUAUCUAAAUCACAAGAUGACGAAAUUGGUGACGGAACAACCGGCGUAGUUGUACUGGCCGGUGCUCUUCUUGAACAAUGUGAAAAUCUAUUAGAUCGUGGAAUUCAUCCGAUUAGAAUAUCGGAUGGAUUUGAAAGAGCAUGUAAAGUAGCCGUCGAACAUCUAGAAAAAAUUUCUGAUGUGGUUGAAUUUACAAAAGAAAAUACUGAAAAUUUAUUCAAAACUGCUAUGACAAGUUUAGGAACCGUAGAUGCUGUUUUAUCUGUUGCUGACUUAGAGCGUAAAGAUGUCGAUUUUGAACUCAUUAAGGUCGAUGGUAAAGUUGGUGGUUCUCUCGCUGACACUAUCCUUGUUCAGGGUGUCAUUGUUGACAAGGAUAUGUCGCAUCCGCAGAUGCCACGUGAGGUUCGGGACGCCAAGAUUGCAAUAUUAACAUGUCCUUUUGAGCCUCCAAAACCAAAGACUAAGCAUAAGUUGGACAUUACUUCUGUUGAUGAAUACAAAAAGUUGCAAAACUAUGAAAGGGAAAAAUUUGAAGAGAUGAUUAAACGUGUCAAAGAUACAGGUGCAAAUUUGGUUAUAUGUCAGUGGGGCUUUGAUGAUGAGGCAAACCACCUAUUAAUGCAGAAUAAUCUACCUGCUGUUCGAUGGGUUGGUGGUCCUGAAAUUGAGUUGAUUGCCAUUGCCACUAAUGGUCGUAUAGUACCACGGUUUGAAGACCUUAGACCUGAAAAACUUGGCGUUGCUGGUCUUGUGCGUGAGAUCUCUUUUGGAACUACGAAAGAUCGUAUGCUUGUUAUUGAAGAAUGCUCAAAUUCUCGUGCUGUCACUGUGUUUAUACGCGGUAGCAACAAAAUGAUUGUCGAUGAGGCUAAACGUGCUACUCACGAUGCGCUUUGUGUUGUGCGUAACUUAGUUCGUGAUAAUCGAGUUGUAUAUGGGGGUGGCGCUGCCGAAAUUAGUUGUUCUCUUGCU